CACGUGUUAGUCUUUAAAUAUGUAAGCUUCAUUGAAAAGUUGAAAUCUAUGGUUGAGGAUUUCUUGUGGAACCAUUACACAUUCCCAACUGCAUAUUCCCAACUGUUGUUAACAAAAGAAAAGAAUAGUCCUCUUGUCAAGAGGUAUUGAACGGCAAAGAAAAUUUUCAUUCAACGAUCAAAAGUUAAAAUGAAAGAAACUUAUGGCCGGUGACAAGUUAAUGAACGGUAUAUCUGUACUUUUGGGGAGUCUCUCAAAGAGAUUCAUUAACGACUCUAAAGUUCCGACUUGCAUUUUAGCAUGCGAACAAUGUUUAUCUAAAACGGGAAUUAAGAUUUCGUAUCUUUCUAAUCCUCCAUUACAGUUGUGUUUGGCAACUUGAAUUGAAAUUAUUGAUUGCAAACCCCUUGUUUUUAUGGUUCCAGCUGUAAAUGUUGGCCAGCCAUAAUGAACAAAAGAACCAGCAUAAACAGUCCUCCAUUUGCUCAUGCUCGUUUGGAGUUUGCUUCCCAUUUGUUUUGUCCUGAACUGGUUUUGGAUGCUAAUCCUACUCUAGCUAUUUCGGCGUGGAGAAAAUCGAGUAAUGAUUCCCUUAAAAUCAAGGAUGCAGCUUUUAACUGUAAUGGUUUUAAUGCUACGGGGUGGUUAUUCAAAAUCACCGGGGGGAGAUGGUGGAUGAUUCUUAUAGAAGAUUCAAGAUGUCAUCUGUCCUUCAAGGAGAACUCCUUGCGAGUAGGAUGGCGUGUGUUAUGGCCAGGGAUAUGGGGCUUUCUAAUGUGGCGAUUGAGUCGGAUAGCUAGCAAGCCAUUAACUUGAGCGUGUUUGAAUUGGUUCCCCCGAAAGCUCUAGUGUUGGUGAUGGAUAUCCGGAAGUUGGCUCGUGAUGUUAGUCUCCAUUUCUCCUGGGUUCGUAGGUCCGCCCAGUUUACGUAGUAUGCUUUUUUCAGAUUGCAUUUCCCUUUGGAUAAUGAUAAUGCCAAAAUAAUUUUGUUGGUGCCAAAACUCCAAUGCAAGAAAGACUUGUAUACUGAAUAUGGUACAAGCCCAUUAUGCAUUGGAGUUUUAGCACCACCAAAAACAAUUUUAACAUUAUCAUUUCCCUUCCCUUUUUGUAGCCUUUUGGCAUGCUUAUCAGAUCAAAAAAAACAAAAGAUGUAGCCCGUUAAAAAUCGCUAGAGGCUAAAUGCCUAACUGUUUGGCCAAGCUUCAAUAGUGACUUUUAUUAUUCCGUCAAAAUCGCAAGAGGCCAAAUACCUAACUACUUGGCCAAGCCUAGCUGAUGCAUCAAUGUCAUUGCCAGAGCAAUAGGGACUUUUAUUCAAAGCUAUGAAGCUAUCCGACAGAACAGUACGUUGACAUGGGUUUGAGCAAGAGGGCACG